AUGAAAAUCCUCAUUACCGGUGCUGGCGGUUUUCUCGGCCAAAUGCUGGCCAAAGAAUUGAUGAAUGACUCCAACCAUUACCUGAUCCUCACCGACGUCUCAGCAGUCGCCCCACCAGCGUCUUUGCCUCACACUGAGAGGGUGACUGCCAUUCAGGCCGACCUCUAUGAGAGCUCAUCCGUGGUAGUACAACCUGAUAUAGAUGCCGUCUAUAUACUUCAUGGCAUCAUGUCUUCUGGCGCCGAAGCCGACUUUGAGAUGGGAUUUAGAGUCAACUUUGAUGCCACACGCAAUUUGCUGGACCAAAUCAAGAGCAAACGGCCUGGCAUACGUGUCAUUUAUGCAUCGAGCAUUGCAGUAUAUGGGCGUCCGUUUCCAGACGUCAUCACCGAGGGGACCUAUCCGACACCAGAGGGCUCGUACGGCAAUGAGAAGCUCAUGUGCGAGACCAUGAUCAACGACUAUACCAGGCGCGGGUAUAUCGAUGGAUUCUCGAUCCGGCUGCCAGGUAUUGCAAUCCGACCAGGUCCUCCAGCGCAGGCAGCAAGCAGCUUUCUGAGUGCAAUUAUCCGCGAACCCCUGGCCAGCAGAAAAUGCACAGUACCCACGGCCGAUCGAUCAAGUCCUUUCUGGGUCUGCUCACCAAAGAUUGCCGUUUUGAAUCUUGUACGCCUGCUCACAAUCCCAUCAACUUGUCUUCCCUCGCACAGGCGGGCUAUAAAUGCCCCAGGAUCCUUGGUAACGAUUCAGGAAAUGAGGGAUGCACUGGUCAAGAUUGCAGGAGAGGACAGACUGAAAUACGUUGAAGAGGCUGCAGACACGCGUUUCGGCAAACUUGUACAAUCAUGGCCUCACAACUUUGAUGUAUCAUUAGCACUGAGCGUUGGACUUUUCCCAGCCGAGAGUUUUGAAAGGGCAGUAGAAGACUAUAUCCAGACUCUUGGCGUAUGA